ACUACUGUGAAAAAAGUAGCCAGUUUCACUUCAUUCACCAACUUGCUCCUAACCACAAGUGCAGCUGUUUGUAUCAGCCUCCUGCAUGGACUGGCUGCUUUACCUAUCAAAGCCUCUCAGCCAUGCACGAAGAAGAAAUAUACACCUCUCUUCAGUGGGAUAAUCCAACAUCAGAAACUUCUCAGAAAUGUCUGACUUCCACCAAACUUUCAGGAACAUGCUGUGUUGUGAUGGCGAUUUCAUGGAUUUUCUGCAUAGGCUUGUUAACAACAUCCAUUUUCUUAGGCAUCAAAUUUUUCCAGGUAUCUACCAUCUCAAUGCAGCAGCAAGAAAAACUCAUCCACCAGGAGAGAGCAUUGUUGAACUUUACGCAAUGGAAGAAAAACCAUGACCUUCAGAUGAAAUAUUGUCAAACCUUGAUGCAAAACUCUUUCAGUUUGGCCUGUGACUGCAGUCCUUGUCCAGAAAACUGGAUUCAGAAUGGAAAGAGUUGUUACUAUGUCUCUGAUAUUUGGAAAAGUUGGCCAGCCAGCAAAGAGGCUUGUUUGAAAGAGGGCUCCAGUCUUCUACAAAUAGACAACGAAGAAGAAAUGGUUUUUAUCACCAAAAACUUGCAGAAGCUCAAAGCAGGCUAUGAGUACUGGGUGGAAAUAUCUCAGGAUGGACUUCAGGCACCUUUGCUUUGGCAAGAUGGCUCCUCUCCUUCCCCCGACCUGUUACCAACAAAGAGACCCCAGUCAACCAACCAGCUCUGCAGAUUCCUCAAAGACAAUGUCCUUUCGUCAGAUAACUGUAACAACUGGAAAUAUUUUAUCUGUGAGAAGUGCUCAUUAAGAUGCUCUAUCUGAAAGAAAUUGCUCAAAAAGAUCUAUAACGCUGGUAUUUGAAACAGGCCAUUGAAAAACCUGCCACAAAAAGACUAAGAGCAAAUACAGAAGUAAACCAGGGUAUGGGCUUUGAAACCAGCUUCCUGGAACCAUCAACCCUUCCUUUCAUAUUUUCACUUGGAAAUGUCUUCAACAAUUUGAAGAUUUCAGUUGACAUUGUUCAAAUUGCCAAUAAAUUGAUUGGAACCACAGAGGACCAGAAACUGAUGCUCUGUGAACAAAGAACAUAAUUUCCUUCCCUCCCUCCCUCUUUCUCUUUUCUUCCUUCCCUUCCCUUCCCUUCUCCUCUUUUUUCCUCUCCUCUCCUCUCCUCUCAGGGCCAUUGAGAAAAUAAAAUUUGUCUGUAAAUUGUCAGUGACUACUUGGAGAGAAUAUGUUUGAAAGUCAAUUAAUCCUCUUCAAAUAAAAUUCUCUUCUAUAUUCAAUCUCCUCUCCUCUCCUU